AUGCCAAGUACCUCAAAAAUAACGAAACCAGGAGUGUCUAACGUGCCCGAAAAGUAUCAAGAACGAGCAAAGGCAAGAAGGCGGGGUGCUGGCAGAACACAUCAAACCGCAAUUCGAAAUUUCACUAUUCAAAUUCCUAAAAAAAAAGACACGCAACAACCUUCACCUCCCUCGAUACCAUCCAUUUCGCCAACAACUCAUUCUCCUUUGCCUCUGUCAAAUAUUUUAUCUGAAGUUAAUGAACAAGCUGAAGAAACUCUGUUAGCAUCAAAUACACCACCUCCUGAACCAAUAAUAUCAAAUACUACAGAGAACAUUAAAAAUACCAAUAUUACUAUUAUUACUACUAAUACCGAAACGCGGCGUGUUAUAUCACGAGGCAGCUCACGACGUGUAAAAAUAAAAUGUUAUAAAUUCAAACCUUCUUCAAUUCGAGACAAACACGGGAAAAUCAUUAAAAGAGCGGCAAGAGUCGGAGUGAAUACAAUCGAUGUCAUUGGCGAAACAAUUUAUUCCACAAUUAUAGGAUACAAUGAUCAAACCAUCUUUAAAAAAGAAUUACAACUCUUUAAAGAACAAGUUGAAGUUUUUCUAAUCGAACAGACUGAUCUAAGUGAUGAACAUGGUCUUCUACAGUCUUCUUUGCGAAAUGCAAAGUCAAGAUCAAACCAAUUGCGCAAAGAAUUAUUCAAUACUCAAAAAGAACGAGAAAAUAAUUUGGAGCAAGUUCACGAUUAUCUUUCUGAACUUCAAGCAUUAAGAGAAUCGGUGUAUGCCGAUGAAGACACGAUGGAAGAGGAUAAUGAAAUAAAAGAUUCUUAUGAGAGCCUAUUAGCAAACAUUACAACUCGCUGUGGCGAUCUUUCGAUUUCAUCUUUCACACCAAUUGCAAAUAGAAGCAUUGGCUUAGAAGAUGAUCAAAAAGGCCAUGGAACUUUAGGAAUCUUACAAAGGUUCAAUAAUUUAUUGGAAGCAAUGGAUGCUACAAUUAGAGAAACGACUACUAAUACAGAGAAUGGUGUUGGAUAA